GGCCCUCUUUCAGGGGGCGCACCACGGAGCAAACCAGUGGGCGGGUCCUCGCCCCUCCCCGACGUGCCCAGAACCUGUGCUGUUGGUGCGGGCCGGCGAUUCCCACGUGGUUCGGUGACUCGCGAUUGCAGGCUCCGGUCCUCUCUAACUUCCCCGGCCUGUGGGCCUGCUGCCUGCAGAGAUGCCGAAGAUCAAGUCAGGGGCGAGCGGCCGAUGCCGCGAGCGGCAACAACAGCGCCGGGAGCUGAAGAGCGUAGGAGGACUCAUGUUCAACACGGGGAUUGGGCAGCACGUUUUGAAAAAUCCUCUCAUUGUUAACAGCAUUAUCGAUAAGGCUGCCUUAAGACCAACUGAUGUGGUGCUGGAAGUUGGACCUGGAACUGGCAAUAUGACUGUAAAGUUGCUAGAAAAGGCAAAAAAGGUAAUCGCCUGUGAACUUGACCUAAGGCUAGUAGCUGAACUUCACAAAAGAGUUCAGGGCACGCCUCUGGCCAGCAAACUUCAAGUAAUGGUGGGUGAUGUGUUGAAAACAGAUUUGCCAUUUUUUGAUGCUUGUGUGGCAAAUUUGCCUUAUCAGAUCUCUUCUCCUUUUGUCUUCAAGCUGUUGCUGCACCGACCUUUUUUCAGAUGUGCUGUACUUAUGUUUCAAAGAGAAUUUGCUCUCCGACUGGUUGCAAAACCUGGAGAUAAGUUAUACUGCAGACUGUCAAUUAAUACACAACUAUUAGCACGUGUGGACCAUCUAAUGAAAGUUGGAAAGAAUAACUUCAGACCACCACCCAAGGUGGAAUCCAGUGUCGUAAGGAUAGAACCUAAGAAUCCACCGCCACCUAUCAAUUUUCAGGAAUGGGAUGGCCUAGUAAGGAUCACCUUUGUUAGGAAAAACAAGACACUGUCUGCUGCAUUUAAGUCAAGUGCAGUGCAACAGCUACUGGAAAAAAACUACAGAAUUCACUGUUCGGUCCAUAAUAUUGUAAGCAGAAAAUGUUUCUGUUGUUUCAAUAAUUUGUUGUGUUUUAAAAUGUCCCUCUACUUCCUAUUCUGUUUCAUAUAUCAUUAUAAGAUUCUUAAUUUUGAACAUUCCAUAGGAUCCUUAAAAGACAGUAUGUCAUGUCUAACUAGCACUAGAACUUGAAUUCUAACAGGUCAGUGCUGCUAUGUAUUUUGCAGAACAUAUCUGAACACCCUUGACUACUCCACUCCAUCCUCUUUUACUGACAGUUUUUUUUUUUUUUGCCAUAAAAAGAUUCAGUUGAAUCACAAUUUUCUCAAAGUUUUAAGCUUGUGUAACUUACUCAGCUUAAAAUAAUUGUGUACCAUUUGCUAGCCUUUGAAUUGUGGCCGUCCCUUCUUGCUUGUUGCUUAUGUAGCAAUUACAAAUUUAAAGUUACUAUUUUCUCAGUGACUUUUUUUUAAUACCCAGAAAUUGAAAUAAUUAGAACAAAGUAUGAGAUAAAUAGCAGAUUUCUGGUUGUGAACCUCAUGUCUCUUUAUAUUAUCUGUGCAACAUUUUCUUUAACUAGUUGUGUGUGUGAGCACACAUAGACAUAUCCAUAUAUAAUGACUGUGAUGUUUGAUAACUUUUUAGUUCUUUCAAGCUAAUUAAAUGGAGCAGACAGAUAAAAG